AUGGAUCACGGCAGCACGCUGGUGGCGGUUACUGCCGAUGCUCUGUGCAAUAUGGAUGAUGAACAACUACGCGAUUUCAUGGCACGCCACUACAUCCCCGGUGGAAACUACGAGCUGCCUGUAGACGAUUGGGAAACGCUCCCCAUUGCUGACCGGCUUCGUCUCGGUGAGAGACUGAAGACCCAAGAAAAAGCGCUCGCGCGAAGCCCGACGACGUUUUCCCGCUCCCUCGAUUUGGACUUGCUCGAUGCCCGCCUGCAUCAAGCCUUUGCUGGCGGCGUGCCGCCGCGCGAUGUACGGUUCGCCGACGAUUCCGAAUGCCUAAGCCCUGUCCUUGGUCCCGAGGCCGAGAAAAUAAGAUACGAGAGGGAAUCAUAUCAAAGUCUCGUCAGGGCUGGCGGCCGGCCGCUAUACGCAAUAGACCUGCUUGAAGUUGUUCUUAAUGACCCUAGCUCGUUCGUCGACACGCUGCGGCCCUGGUUGAACACUUCUACUGGAAAUCGCCCUGAGACUGUAUUUCAGAGGCAGCUUUCCAGGUGGCAAGACUUCGGCAAAUGGCAAAAUGACAACCGGGGUCGGCAAGACGACGACGGUGGCUUUCUUGCAUAUAUCGAGAAAGACAAACAUUUCGCAAAAACCGAAUAUACUAAGGAGGCGGGUCUGAGGAGGAUAGCCGAGAUUCAGGAAAACCCAGCGUGCCUCCAAGGCGAAUGGGAACUGCACCAGUCGCUGCGCAGACGACAGCGAUACUUAUGCAGGGAGCACGGCUGUAAAGGUUUUGAGGAUUAUGUUGGUGCUGCGAAGCGUCAUAAGCUGAUAACGUGGAUCGAGUACCUCAACUACGAAUACUGGUGGCUCGACCAAUAUCGAAAUACUAUCGAACGCCUCCAGCCGGCUUACGACAAAGCUUGGCAAGAGCUUCUGGCCUUGAACAUACUCAGGCCGCACGAGACGGAGGAGUUCUUACGGACAUUGGAGUCGCCCAUGGAACGCGGAUCGGAGGAGGAAGAGACUCAAAAGAACGUGGAGAAAGCCAAGGCACGGGCCCGGGAUGUCUUUGCCCUAACCCAAGAACAUCCAGACCGAACAAAGAUCCCCAAACAGAGACGAGUCGCGAUGUUGCAAAACAGCACGAAAAGCAUCUUGGACGCAGAGAAACGAGCGCGUGACGUUCGGGCUAGGAACGAUCACAUUACAAGAUUCAUUCGCGCCACAUCGGAGUAUGUCGAUGCGCGUAAGAAUGACGCCCGACACACCGAACUCGUUCGAUGGGUAGAGGACCAAAUGCCAUUAGUCACUUCCGAGAUGACGGCACAAGCGUAA